UAUACAUAAAUCAAUCUUAGCUUAUGUUAAACCUGUCAAUUUAACAUUCAGAAUACCGCUUCCUUCUUUUGUCAUCCGUUUUUCAGUUGCUUUCAUAACAGAAGGAUGUUUUGUGGUUUGUGUGUUCUGUGAGAAUGACUUCGUUGAACGGUGACGUUAAUGUAAAUGUGAGUAAGUUGAAGUUUAGUGUGGAUAGUAUAUUGGGGAAUAAUGAUUCGUCGCGUGGCGAGGUGAGGCAGGAGCCGCCGUGCGCGGGCUGCGUGGCGGCGCUGUACCGCUGCUGCAGGGACGAGCCUCCGCUCCUGCAGCUGCCUCUGCCGCUGCCUUAUACACAUCUCCACCCGGCGCUCAGGCCCACUACUGUAUACCGCCUUCCUCUGCCGACAUCAUCACCGCCGCAGCAGUCGGCUCCCCGCUGCGACGUCACAUCGAGCGGGAAGAGAAAGCGCUCCUGGUCACGCGCCGUUUUCAGCAACCUACAGAGGAAAGGACUGGAGAGAAGGUUCCAGAUACAGAAGUACAUUACGAAGCCGGAUAGAAGGCAAUUAGCGGCUACAUUAGGACUCACUGAUGCUCAGGUCAAAGUAUGGUUUCAAAACCGGCGCAUGAAAUGGCGGCACACGAAGGAGGGGCGCGGCGGGCUGUCGGGCUCCGCCGGCAUGCCGGGCCGCGACCCCGACUCCACCAACGACGAUAACGAAGACAUUGACGUCGAUACACUCAGUGAUUAGUGAACUAAACUGUUUUAAAUCGGUAUAAAGAAUAUGGUGAAUUUUCGAUCGGUGAAGCGAUCAAAAUUGCGUAGGGAAGAGCUACGGAAAGUUUUAACUAAAGAGUUUUAAGUGGUGCAAGAAAAUUCCUAAAACCAAGUUACAACUGAAUGAAAGCAGCCAAAUAGGCUCUGAGGCGUACCUAUCUUGGGACAGGCCUAUGUCCUAUAGUGAAUUGUGAAGAAAUUGUGGGGCCACACACCAUAAUUUGUAAUAAAGAGUAGGCUAUGAGCUCGAUAGCCUCGAAAUAGAUUUAUCUUGUAGAUAAAAAUAUUUCUCAUAUAUCUAUUGAAAAGUUUUGAAUUUCUCAGGCCUACGCUUUGUAAUAAAACAGCUGCAGACACAAUUUUUAUAAUCCAAACUAUUUUUACCCUUAAAAGGUUACGUUUAAAGUAGUCACUAGAAGUUUAAAAAAUAGCAAAACCAUGCGUAACGGUCAUCAGAACCUUAUAAAAAGAGUACUAAAUCUACCUAGAUAUAGGUAAUACAUGUAGAUCUACAUGUAAUAAAUUUCAUUGUAUGUAUUGUAGGUUAUAACAUUACGUUUAUCUAAAUACUAUUUUUAUAUUUGUAAUAAAAGAGUAUUUAAUUUUUAUU